AUAAGUUAACUGUUACUGUGGGUUUCUUUCUGUUCAUGGCAUGCCGCGUAUUAUUGUUAUUAUUUCCAUAUCGUCAGUCUAACUUGCUUAGUUUACACAAAUUAAAGCAUCUAAUACAGGUCAAUUCCUCCAUUAUGUCAACCUCAACUUCUUUGUCCAAAAAUGAACUCAAACGUCAGCUUAAAGCUGAAAAAAAAGCUAAGGAAAAAUCCGAAAAGGAGAAAUUGCAAGCUCAACAGCCGGCUGCCGAAAAAAAGGAUGCAGUAGCUAAACAAGAAGAUCCUACUGAUGCGGCAGAAUAUUUUAAGAUACGUCUUCAAGCUAUUGAAGAUUUAAAAGCAGCUGGAAAAUCUCCAUACCCACACAAAUUCCAUGUUUCAAUGUCUUUAACUGAUUUUGUUGAUCAAUAUAACAAUCUUAAUCCUGCCGAGAUAUUAAAAGAUGUGAAUGUGUCGGUUGCUGGCCGCGUGCAUGCUAAAAGAGAAUCCGGAGCUAAGUUGCUUUUCUACGAUCUUAGAGGAGAAGGAACCAAGAUUCAAGUAAUGGCUCAUGUUGCACAUUACCCUUCUGAAGAGGAAUUUCUUGAAAUCAAUGGUAGAAUUCGAAGAGGAGAUAUCAUUGGCUGUGUUGGACAUCCUGGCAAAACUAAAAUGGGAGAGCUGAGCAUAAUACCAACCCGAUUAGAGAUCCUAUCACCCUGUCUCCACAUGCUCCCUCAUCUUCAUUACGGACUUAAAGAUAAAGAGACGCGUUUUCGGCAGAGAUAUUUAGAUUUGAUUCUUAAUGAUUCUGUCCGCCAACGAUUCACAUUUAGAGCUAAAGCCACUAACUAUAUCCGUGCCUUCUUCGAUGGACUAGGGUUCCUCGAGGUGGAAACACCAAUGAUGAAUAUGAUAGCUGGUGGAGCAACUGCCAAACCAUUCAUAACUCAUCACAAUGAUUUAAAUUUGGACUUGUAUAUGCGAGUUGCACCAGAACUCUACUUAAAGAUGCUUGUUGUUGGCGGAUUGGAUCGGGUUUACGAAAUUGGGCGACAGUUUAGAAAUGAAGGUAUAGAUUUAACUCACAAUCCUGAAUUUACAACUUGUGAGUUUUACAUGGCAUAUGCAGAUUACAAUGAUGUUAUGGAUAUAACAGAAAAAUUAAUAUCAGGAAUGGUUAAGGAGUUAACAGGUUCUUACAAGAUUAAAUACCAUCCUGAUGGUCCGGAAGGCGAAGAAUUUGAGAUUGAUUUUACACCUCCUUUUAAAAGAAUAAGUAUGCUUACUGGUUUGCAGGAAGCAAUGGGCGAAGAAUUACCUAAACCAUCUGAUUUUCAUCUGCCAGAAUCAAAUAAGAGAUUAUCUGAUUUGUGCAAUAAAUAUGAAAUAGAGUGUCCUGCACCAAGGACCACUGCGAGAUUGCUCGAUAAACUUGUAGGACAUUUUCUUGAAGAAAAUUGCAUCAAUCCUACUUUUCUCUGUGAUCAUCCAGAAAUAAUGAGCCCACUUUCGAAGUAUCAUCGUAGUGUUCCUGGACUUACUGAAAGAUUUGAAAUGUUUGUCAUGAAAACAGAGGUAGUCAAUGCUUACACCGAAUUGAAUGAUCCCAUCGUCCAACGGCAAAGGUUUGAACGCCAGGCUCAAGAUAAGGCUGCUGGUGAUGAUGAAGCUCAACUUGUCGACGAAAACUUCUGCACGGCUUUAGAAUAUGGACUACCUCCUACUGGUGGCUGGGGAAUGGGAAUUGACAGAUUCAUCAUGCUUCUCACCGAUACUAAUAAUAUCAAAGAGGUUCUGUGUUUCCCAGCAAUGAAACCUGAAUCAAAUAUCAAACCAAAUGAACAAGAACCAUCAUCUCCAGAAAAGAAAGCAACUCCAAAGAAAUAAUAUUUUGCUUGUAAUCACAUCUGAUUAACCUAACAUUUGUCUAAAUUAUAGAAUUUUUAAAUUAUUUAUCAGGAAUAUUGAAUAAAUAUUCUAAAAGUU